UGCUGCCACCAGUGGGCGGGGCAGCGGGGCAGCGGGGCGGGGGCACCCUCACCUGUCCGUGUGUGGGGAUCAGCCUGGGCUCCGUGGCCUCCGCUUGCACCGGACGUGGACCCAGGCUACCGGUGGGCAAGAUAGAGGACUGAGCCCAGGCACGCACGGCUGGCCAGGUGGGAUCCCCACCCCCGCUCAGCCUUCUUUCUGCAUGGAUGCUGAAGGACCAGGCUCACUUGAAGUUCUGAGUUUGAGCAGUAAGGUGGAAACAAAGAAACCAAUGGAAACAAAGAAACAAGUCAUUGUGGCAAAGCUCCCCACCACAGAGAAGCUGCCCUGAGUGGAAGGGAGGGUGUGGGCAUGCCCAUUUGUUUCGUGUCUCCCAGUGCUCUUCGCUUUCUUAUUGCAGACCUGCAUGGUUACAACAAAAUGAUCUGCAAAACUGAAAAUAUUUACUCUCUGGCUUUUACAGAAAAGGCUGACCAGCCUCUGGUUCCCGUACCGGUCAACUGAUUGGAGUACCUUUCCAGUUUGGAAACAUCUGGGCAGGCCCAGCUGGUAAGUUUACUUUUCUACUUUGACCAAGCAAACUGAAGCCAACAGAAGAGAACUUUCACCAGCAACUCCCAGCACAUCCGCUCGCCUUCUGAUGUCUGUGACCUCACUCUCGCUGCCCCACCUCUUAUUACAGAUUGAACAGGAUCCAGGGGGAAGUACCAAGCCUGUCCCAUCGGCCAUCCUGUGUGUCAUGUCCUGUGACCCAGUGGAUGCUCAGCACCCUCCAGCUGAAGAAACAGAUUGCCUUAGGUACAUGAAAGGUGAGGACACCUACUAUCCCCAUGGAGCGCAGGUGGGGCUGAGAGUCUGCUGUUUGUACAGCCGGUGGGCUCGUGUUGCUUUGGGCAUCCCUGUGCCUGAAUUCCUGCAGUACACUCGGUGCCUGUUUCCUAAUCUGCAAAACUGGAAUGAUGUUAACCAUCCCGCAGUGCAUUCCAUGGUGCAUCCUCGCCUAGAAUUGAGUGGAAGCAAGUCCAUCUCAGAAGGGACAUACCUGAAGAGAAAUGGCUUUCCAGACUCUGAAGGGCAGAGAAAGCACCAGCCUGGGUUAGAGAAAGAGAACAGCAUCUCUGAGCCCGUCCUGGGUGACCUCACAGAGAUCACCCUAGUGGCCCAGGCUAGUGACCGGGAACAUGUACCUUCCUGCAGCCAACCCCAGACGUCCACUGAUGCAUCAUAUACUGGCAAAGAUCCUGGCCUGGGGGGGUGUUGGCCGCCGGAGAUUCGCCAGAUGUUGGACUACAGGUAAGCUUGCUCCUGGGUGGUGGGGCGGUUAGGUCAGUGGGCGGUGGCAGCGGCAAGGGGGCGGAGCGGGGCUGCCCCUGGCGAACUGAUGGAAUAGCUGCCUUCUCCCGGCUGCCGGGCCUGGGAGCGGCCUCUGCUGCCCCAGGUCGCUGCACACACCUGUCCCACUCAGCAAGCUGAGUGGGGAGUGGAGGCGGUGUGGUUAAGGUGCAGGGCCCACGGGGAUAGGGGGGCUGCCGCACGGAAGCCGGUCAAUUCGCUCCGCUCUCCCCCGCGGCGGAGCCAGGGGCGGCUUCUGCUGCCGUAGAGGCGGGACGCCGGUCUCCAGGUGAGCUUGGUCCUGGGAGGCGGCGGCGGCGGCGGCGGCGGCUGGGGGUUGGGGUCCGUUCCAGGGAGCUGCUCCAUUUCUUCUCUCCCCCGGGGCCUGGCCUGGGGGCGACCUCUGCCGCCAGAGAUUUGCCUGAGGUCCGACUCCAGCUUAACCACCGGAAGUGGGCAGGAUGUGCUGAGGGGGCGGAGGCAGCCGCCAAGGCAGCGACGGAGGGGGCUGUCCCUGGCCAGCCGGUCAAUUUGUUCCCAUCUCAACAUUUGCUGUCCCAGUUUCGCAGGACGCCCUUCUCCAGUUUAUCCUUCUCCUGGGAGGUGACAUUUUAGGUUAUUGGGUCCCAGAUUGCUGGCACACUCAUCCCUGUUCUCAAACAUCUUUUAAACUUGGGUGAAGUGAUAAGUUGGGGAAGAAGAUGAUUUACUGAAAGUCUCCCGAGAAGAGAUUCAGACUGAACAGCUUUGUGUCGGACUUUGGAAGACCGCUGGUGCCCAAGGGGUUCUCUGGCAGCACAAUGACGAAUCUAGGUCCCUCUUUCACUGCUACGUCAAUGAAGUGGACCGCAUGGACAAGGCCAAAGCUGGUAUCCCAACCAUAGCCCUUGACAGUGAUGUUCGGCUCCAGGAAGCCAUCAGAUGCAGCAGGUGGCCAGAGAAGGAGCCUAACGGGCUCAUGAAAUGUGACACCCCCAGCUUCAUCAACACGGACCAGAACUCUUCCUUUGGGGAAGAUGAUCUCCUGAUUUUGGAACCACCGAUUGUUCUAGAAAAUAAGCCAGUUGCCCAGACCUCACACAAAGACUUGAAUUGGAAAUGUGCUUUGUCAAGUGUUUCUCUGAAGAUGUGAAGUCUGUCUUUGUAUGGCAGGAAGUCCCCUUUCACAAAAUUGUAUGUGUUUGUGUCUGAGAGAGAGAAAUGGAGACAGACAGAAAGACGGAGACAGAAGAGAGCCCCCUCAGAAGAGAGCUAGUUAAGCACCCCAGACUGACGAAGACAGUGGAGAAUGCCUCUGAGUUUGGCACUGAUUGCCUGGAGAAUGCUGAAACCCAGGGAAGUGGGCAGCACAGACGUUUACUCAUUUAAUCCUGCCAACACAGUAGGAGAUAGAGUCUACAUAUUCCUCGCUACUUAAAAGAACACAGAGAGGAUCGCUGGCCCUCCUGCGCAUGCGCAGUCUGUGCCAGCUGGACCGAGGGUUGGAAGCUGCAACUCCGAGCCGGGGAUCGGCCCCAAAGGCUUCUCAGCUCUUUCGCCCGGUAGGACUUUGGCUCCUGCCCUGGCGCCCCGGCCACAGCUGUCCAGGGCCAAGUGUGCACUUGCCGCCUCUCGCCCCAGCCGGGCUCCCCUCAGUCCGCGGCUGGCGUCCCCUUCCCCUCUCCCGCCCGCGAGUCCUCUCCUCCCGGGCUGCCUCUCCUCGGCCGCCGGCCCGUCCCCGCCCCUGGGCUGGCUGUGUCCCGGGCGGGCGGGUUCUGCGGACCCGGACGGGGGCGGGCGGCUGGGGCUGGGGCUGGGGCUGGCCUCCGAGCGGGGCUACAGCCCGCGUCCCCCCCCCCCCCCCGCUUUCCCUGACCCGCGACCCCGGGGCUGCCCUCCUCUCCCUUUCCCGCUACCUGGGGACCAGCUCAGUGGUGUGGGCGCUGCUCCCCGGGCUGAGAGCCUCCGGCUGUGAACCCCAGCUUCUCCUGUUGGAGUCGGGAAAAGGGAGCGUCAGUGCUGAGCGAGCUUCCGUCUCCUCCCUCAGUGUUUCUGCCCCAGCAGCAGCUAGUCAGUUUCUGCAGAGGAGACCGCAGGGAUUGUGAUCGAGACCACGUUGAAUAUACGGAUCGUUCUGGGGAGCACUGCCAUUCCAAAAGCGCUGUCUUCUGAUCCAGCAAUGUGCGUGGUUUGUCCAGGUGCCCUCACCUCCAGUAGCAUCCAUCCAGACACCGGAACUGACACUGGCCGUGCUCCGAACUGCCUCAGCCCUGAAGACACAACUGACAAAUAGAAGGGGACCACGCCCUGUUACAGCAGGUGCUCUCACUUUGUGGAUCCUUAUGUAACUGAGCGGUGUUAAUCAGGAUUGCCCGUUCUACAUUGUGUGGCGCUGCUGCGGUGUCUCCUAGUUACUUGUUUCUCUCGCUUUAUUCACUCAGGGGUAUAUCAUGGACGUCCUCCCACUCCAGACUCACCCGGCCCUUUCAGAUAGAUUGGAGGGGUCUCCUGAUGUGCGGGUGUCGUCUCUUGUCCACGGAAACAUUUGGUGGGAGACUGCUGUGGACAAGGCCCUGGACCACGGCGAAACGCCGGCUCCCUCAGCGCCCGCAGCUCGCCUUGAUUUACCGCAUCAUUGUCUUGAUGGUGGACAGUUAAGUUUUCUCCAUUUUCCACUGUCAGAAAGAAUGUUUGAGUUGCAUCCUUCUUGUACAGAACUUCCUGUGAUCUUGUAUGUGUAUUCCUUUAGUUAAGGCUUCUGGAAAUUUAGUCCCUGGAUGUGACAUUUACAUUCAUCACAGACUCCUUUCAAGUGACUAGAAAUUCCUUCUCCAUUGGGGAAUGAAAAAAUGCACAAUUACUUAUGUAACCAAUUCUCUAUCGCUGGAUAUGAUUUCACUUCAGUUUUUCUUCCCACCUUUGUAAACAGUGCUGUGUAAAUGCCCUGAUGGGUACAUCUUUUUGGACUGAUUUUUUUUUCCUAAAGGAAACGAUUCCUAGAAGUGGAGUUGAGUCAGUGUGUAUGUACGUUUUUCAGAGCUUACAAAUCCAUUGAUAUGUCAUCCUCUGAAAAAGUCGCUCAUGAUUUGUUCUCCCACAGAUGGACACUAGCUAGAUUAUCUUAAAAAUAUUUGCCAAUAUGAUAAGCAAAAGUGCUUUUUCAUUGUUUUUUUUUUGCAUUUGAUGACCAGUGAAGUUUUGAGCAUUUUUCACUCAUUAGUCAUUUGACUUUUUUAAAAUGAAUGAUUCCUUUUGUCCUUUGCCCACAUUUAAGUGAGGGAGCUUCUUGUUGCUUUGUGACAGCUUUUUGUAUGUUAUGAAAAUUAACUUCGUGAAUUCAUCAACAUGUAUCACAGAGCUUUUUCUUGUCAUUUCUUUCCUUUCAUUUUGUUCAGGAAGUUUUCUGAUUUUUGUUGUGGCUCAAACUAUUCUUAGGAUAGUAAAUGUCUUCCUUAUGGGUUUUAUCUUUGACAUUAUUCUUAGAAAUACUCUCUUAUAAUGGAAUAAAUCUCUUCUGUAGGUAUUUUUUAAUCUCUAAGAUGGAGAUUAUAAUAGUACAUGUUAUAGUGAGGAGAAGUUGAGUUAAUAAGAGCAAAGAGUUGUAUUUGCUGUUACUAGUACUUUUUAAUAUUUACAUCGCUAUCUGCAAUUUAUCUUGUGGUCAUUAUGACAGGAGUAGAAUUUAUUCUUUCCAGGUGAUUCUCUGUCCCAGGACAAUUAUCGAAUUCAUAAUUUUCUCUUUGAUUUGAAAUCCCACCUGUACAAAAUACUUACAUACACUAGAGUCUUUUUUGAGCUCAUGGUUCCCUUCUGUCAAUCUCCUUUCCUUACUCCAGCACCAUAUCUUACAUGUUGUAAAAAUUUAUUUAAUAACUGGCAGUCUGAUUUUUUUUGAUUCUUUUCUUCCAUCCCAAAUUUUCUUGUCAAGUAUUAUGACUUUAUUAUUCCUGAAGAAUUCCAAAAUAUUUUGUUCAAGUUAAAAAAAAUCAGAUUGGAAUUUUCAUGGGAUUUUUUAGUAAGUUUUGAAUUAUUCUUAGGAGAACUUACAUCUUUACAAAACUGCUUUUCUCCAUGCAAUAUGUUUAUGUCUCUACAUUCAUACCUCUUACUUUAACCCUCAGUACAGUCCUGAAGUUUCUCCAUUUAGAAUAUGGGCAUUAUUUUUGAAUUUAUUCCAGAUUAUUGUUUAUGUUUUUGUUAAUUUUGUAAGUGAGAAUUUUUUGCUAUUAUAUUUUUAAAUGUUUAAAACUGACAUUUAGAAAGGAAGAUUUGGUUUGUCAAUACUCACUUUGUAACUUGUCAUUUAAAAUUGUAAGUAUUAAGUACUUGUUCCAGAAUCCUUUCUUUUCUGUUUUUUAAAAUUUGUUUCCAAGAUUCUCAAAAUGUUCAUAGCUAAGUAGUAUAGGUGGGGACACAGAUGGAGAGAGGAAGUGUGGCUCACGAACAAACUGUGAGCAAUUUCAUGGCUGCCUUUAGGCUGGAGAAGCCACAGAAGAGCCCAGGUUAGACCAAGGGUGGCUUUGUAUGCACUUGAAAGCCAGCUUUCCUGCCUGUAUGGUGAAGCCUGGUGGGCGUGGCAGGUAGAUGAUCAAGGUCUGAUCAAGGUCAUUGGCUGCACAGAGCACUGUGUCUGUGAGAACUGGAGACCAUUACCAUGGGAAAUGCUUGGCGCCAGGAACACUGCAGGGGAGCUGGGGAGCCUGUGUGUUAAGGAUUUUCCAGCCCUGGGAGUGGGAAGAUGAGACUCUGCAUUCAGAUCUGAGUUUGAAUUCAUCCUCUCUUGUUUACUGGUCCUCUGACUUUUGUCAAGUUAUCUACCCGCUUUGAACUCCUGUUUUCUUGUCUCUCAAAACAGGAGAAUUACAGCCUGCUGCUAGAGUGUUUGAUCAGGGUAAAUGAUUUGUGUCUAUAAGAUGCCACGUACAGUCACAAUCUCAGUGAGAAAUGGGCUGUCGCCUCUUCUUCUGCAACUCAGUGCUCGAUAAGACAUCGGGGGAAAGCCAGUCCCUAAUUUGUAUGUGAUGCAAUGAGGAACAAAAUUAACGUCUUGCCUUUCCCUAGCAGGAUUCUUAUUUCUUUGCUUCAUUUACCUCUUUCCUCCUUUACUCUCCCCUUUCACCUCCUCCACCAAAAGAGACUGAGUCUGUCUCAGAACACUACAUUCAAAUUACUUUAAAUGUUGGCUCAUCCCCAUGAAAUUACAGUGAAAUUAAAAAUAAUCUGUACACGUCCCAGACAUGAUUAUAUUUGAUUUACACACACACACACACACACACACACACACAAUCAGGCUACCUCCCAUUUGCUGAGGGAGAAGGACCACUUUUUCUGAGUUUUCAUUCACUGAGCGUGAGAGCAAAGUCUCUUAAGCAGAAAUUCGCCUGGCUUCUUGCAUGGUUUUUUAAAUUGGAUUUCUGCUUUGUGUCCACAGAAAUAGACUCCUAUUAGAAGAGGGGAAGUGGAGACAUAGAUAUUCUGCUGAGAUAUUGGUGUCAUCAUAUUUGAGUUGGAAAGGACUUACGACAGCAUAGAGUCGUACCUUUUUAUGGGUGAGAAUCCAUGAUAGUGUAACUUGGACAAGAACCCGGGUCUUCUGUCUUCAUGUCCACGCGGAUGAAGAGGCAACUGGGUGGGGGAUGGCAGGGAUCCUUACUUGAGUUCCGGGGUCUUGCUAGUUUCCAUUGUUCAGCUGCCUUUAGUUUAUGUCCAUGUGGCCUCUCAUGGGAAGGUCACUCUAUCCUGAUAGAUUGAGUUUCUAAUCAGCAAAAAGGUCUGGACCCACUCAUGUUUCCCAGAGAUUUUCUGCUGACCUGCUGACAGUUUAUAUACAUGAGAUCUUAGAAACUGCUGGAUAUAAAAUCCUUAUUGUUAUCAUUUGCCCUCGAGUUCCACAGGAAUGGGGUGCUGUCUCAGGCUGUCUAAGGCCAGCUCUGAACAAAGAUAGGGUGAUAGGCUGUGCAGCUGGACACUCCCCAGUCGAAUGGGAUUUCCACCUUAGUUUUUAGAAUCAGGCAGAUGAGUUCAAAUCUUACCUUUACCAGUUAUUAGCUUUGUGACCUUGAGGAAGAAACUUUACUUUUUUGGGGACAAAUUUUCUUUAUCCGUAAAUAAGUUCAGUAUUUAUUUUAGGGUUUUUGUUUUAGAAUUGAAUGAGCUAAUUCCCUCAUUUAUUCCUAAAAUACUGAUCACAUGGUUCUAUGCUGGUGACCUAGUGGUUGAUUACUAAGGGACUCAGUAGUGAGAAUGUGGGUGAGGCUCCCUGGAUAAUAGAGCUUAUAUUCCAUGAUAUGCUUGUAAAAGACUGGAUUGCAGUGGAUUUUUAGUAAAUGUCCAUUCUUUUCCUAAUCCCCAUUGAUUGUGUAUAUAUCUUUAUACUAAUAUAUGAACAAUUUUUUAUUGCAAUAUAAGUCUUUUUGUAGUAUUUAAAGUAUGUAGCUAUAACAAAAAUACGUGAAAUAAAAUGAUUUGACUUUUAUUUUCUUUUCAAUAAACAAAACAAAAUAAAAUAGAAAAGAAAAGAGAAAGUUUUGAAGGAGUAGAAAUAAUUUUAUUUCCGUGUAAUCGACUCCCUAUGUUAGGUUUUUCGGUUGUGUUCUUAAACAGCAUAUAAAAUUGACAGGUUUUGACUUCAGUGUUGAUAGCUGGGUGAGUAUAGUUUCUUUUUGUGGUUGUCUUUGAUGAAUUAUUUGCACUAGAUCAUAAAUAAUGUGCAUGUUACAUAUUGGAAACGAGGAAAGAGUGGAGACAUACUACCUCCAAUGCAGUCAUUUUGUUACCGAGUCCAAACUCAUUCUGCUCACCAAAUGACAGGCCAAUAAACUGGGAGAUGAGGUGUUGGAGCAAGGAAUAGUGACUUUAUUUGCAAAGCUGGCAGACCCAGAAGAUGGCAGACUGAUGUCCUGAAGAACCAUCUUCCCCAAGUCAGAAUUGAGUCUCCUUUUAUACUAAAAAGGGGUGGGGCUGCAGUUGGUUGUUGGAAACUUCUUGUUGUAUGAAUUGCUUGUCCUUUGAAUCCGCUGUUCUUGCAGCUGUCCAUGUGGUUCAAAUCAUUUUGCCAUUGUAAUACCUCCAAAAGUAAAACAAAGUUAUUCUCUAUUUUGCAACUUGCCAUCUCUACAUAAGUGCAGAUUAGUUAGCAUCCUUCAAGAUCACGGCCAGGAGAAGAGGCUGUCCUGGAUAUUUCAGUCUAAAGGCAACUUUCUUUUACAAAUGGUGCAGAGAUAGCAAGUCUGAUUUAGCAAGAAAACAGGGCACAGGUUUAAAGCCAAAGGAACAGACCUAACAUGGGGUCAAAAUUGUUCUUUUCUAUUACAAUUCCCUUUUCCUCUUCAUAGAUAAUUUUAGUAAGAAACACGAGCAAUUUUGUAUUUUUGCUUCUUAAUAACCGAUAAGUGGGCCAACUAUAUUUUUGUGAGCAGGGAUGCUGUGCGGGCAUAGGGGUCACAGCAAACUCUUGUUGGGGGUGGCCGACCCUGGAACAUGUCUGAUGCCCCGUGAGUGUUGGUGAGGGUCCCCUAGCCAGCGGCUCUCUUCAGGAGGCAGCAUAUGGGCAUUGAUAUCUGGAGACCUCAUUUUCGGCUGCAGGAAAUUUUUUAGAUACUGCGAUUGAAAAAUCACUCCAGCUGGGGAUAAUUAGGGAAAAAAGGAAAAGUAAAAGGGUUUGGAGUAGAGUAGAAGAGAAGGACAUCAGAUCACGGAGCCUGAGUGCUUGGCAGCGGGGCUUCGGGGGAGAGGGGAGCAGACGUGGGGAGGGGCCUGGCACCGGAACCAGCUCCUGCACCUGUCAACAUGCCCAAGCCACAUAGCUUUUAAUUGGGCCACCUCUCUGGGCUGGAUGUCACCCUGUGCAGAACCUUGAGAAUCGAAGGUAAGGGGUGGGCAGCACUCACCUAGGGGUCACUGUAGAUUUCGGUCAAGUCCACAGUGCCU